GUCAAGUGACAAUUGCGUGCUGCGGAGGAAGAUACCAGAACGUACCACAGACGCCCUUGCUGCGGGCAAUACGCCAAGGAAGCUCCGUUACGUGAGAGUUUCGCUGACGGGAAAGUCCAAGGCUGAAUUUACAGCAACAACAAAUGAAGGUUCCCCUGAAAGUGCGCCCACUUGGACAGGCGCGUGAGCGUGCUGCGGCUAUUAAAACAUCUUUUGAGAAAGAUCGCAUGGAAUGGGAAUUCGAGUCACAAACGUGUUGAACUCAAUGUAAGGUUACACGCAUGUGGUUCGAAAGCUAGCGGAGAAUAGAUCAUACCAGCCACCAGGAUAAAUACUGAGGCAACAGGUGAAUCGAGUUCUUCCAGUUGACAUUCGCAAUGCCUCACGCUAGUAUCAUAUUGUUUUCCUCCGCUGCCGUUGCCGUCGCGGUAGCCCUCGCCAAAGCAUUCAUGACCCCAAAGACAAGGGUACACACAAGUGUCCCCGCCGUCAGGACAAUAUUGAGUCCACCUGAGCUCCCCAUGUCCGCGUUAUUACGCGCACGUUCCAUACCCAACCAGCGCCUUGUAAAGGCGCUCGGUAUCUCCAGCACAUUCGUCAGUGAUGAUCCAGGCGUCCAUGACGCCUUCACUCGCGAAGCGAAAGUUUUGAUCACCACCGUCACCGCGAAAGAUGGAUGGUCGAGGCUCGUUGAUGUCACCGAAACCUGCGUAAACAGGUUCCUUGACGCAAAGAGUCUCGACUUCGCCACCUUUGUGCAAUCUGUCACGUUCAGUGUCGUCUUGGCAGGCCUGCUGGGUACGGAUAUCGAAGAUCUUGACCCAGCAGACGUGGCAUUCGUCACCAAAGCCAUCAAUGAGCGUUGGGCACAAUCCAAAUCGAGCAUUGCUCAGCCUACAGAUGUGCUCGAUCGCAUCAACGAUCACAUCGUCAGAUGGGUUCCAGACCGAACCAAUCCACUCAACCUCAUCAUCCCCGCGUACGAGACAAUGUGGCGCGUAGCAGCAACUGCGGUGGUUUAUUCUAACCGCAAUUGCCUGCUACGCGAAGCAUUCAUCUCAUAUAACGAGAACCCUACUGAUGAUCAGUUCCGCGCCCUUGCCACCGAAGGGCCUAGCGUAGAGGCGAUCAUCAGUGAGGUUCUCAGACUCCACCCCCCGACUCGCCACAUCACCCGCUCUGUGGUCGUCCCAUGGUGGAAGAAGCCGUUCGUUCCAUCUUUGGAUGUAGCGGACGUCGAAGAAGCGCAGAAAUCUAUUCUCUUCGGAAGCGACCCUGAGUCCUUCAAUCCUAUGCGGUUCCACGCGAGCCCUUCCGGUCCAAAGAGGGACCAGCUGUAUGCCUUCGGGCACGGAAAGCUGAAAUGCGUAGCGGCAAGCUGGGCACCACCAGCUGCAGCUGUGAUUACCGCGAAAAUCAUGGCCAAAUUGGACGACGUCGAGCUCAAGUUGAAGGAAGGACCGCGUAUUGGGAAAAGGGAAGGAUGGGAGGGCUGGUCGAUUGAAAGGAUCUAACGAACACCAUGUGAUACAUAUUGGACUCAUAGCUCGUACUGUAAACUAGUCCCGGAACAUGAGAGUCAUAGAGAUUGUAGUCCAUAAGGAGAUACUUGACGUAGACAUGAAAGCGAUGCUCGUCUGCGGUGUCGUGUCUUUUCACAACAAACGUACAUAGCUUUCAUGUGCAUCAUUCACAUAACGAAUUCCAGGCAAUAUUUGUUCAAUGCAGUACUUGUGAAUGAACA